ACUUGUGUGUCAAUGCUGAAAUGUUUUCUGUGUGUGUUACAGGAUGAUGAAUGGUACUAAGAGAACUCCUCACAGGAAAUACAGGAUCUUCCAGCAUACGGAAAUGAAUUAAUGCCACUGAAAAAGUAGCUCUAAACUCACCUUUUUACUGAAGGAGAAAGAGAAGAUAAAUCCUUAUGUGGGCUUUUUGCCAAACCAAUGGGGGAAAGAGGGGAGACCUCAAUUUCGGCUGUGUGCUUAAUGGGUAAAUUUAUCUGAUUUGAAUUAUACGAAAUAAUAGGUUAGUUCUAUUCAAGUCUCAUCCCAGACCCACCCCCCUUUUCCAGCCCUAGGGGAGGGAGCGUUAAAUAAUGGUCUUUGUAAACUGAUGCCCAUGCAGUAAGAGUUUGGAGGAGUGCUGCUUGUACAAGUUAACGCGGGCAGCGAAGAAGGAGCAACCAAAUAAAAAGCAGCUGCAGGAGCAAAGUGGACCUUGCUGAAAUUAAAAGACAUGUCUUUCUUCACGAGAGUUCUGGCCAUGAAAUGCAAGCAGACGCUUGAAUCCGAGGGAACUUCCUUCUACCGUGCGCUUUUUGCCAGCAGGUUUCACCAGCUGCCCAAACUUUCCAGCAGCCAGUCCCUGGAGGUGCAGAAUAACUCCCCAGCGGCGGCAGAGAACAAAGGCGAGGCGACGGUGGCGAGCUCGGGGCGCGCAGGGGAACUGCUGGAGCCCGCCCCGCGCCGGCUUGGCAGGGUGAAGAGCCUGCACGAAAUGCCCGGACCCAACACCCUCUACAAUCUCUACGAGUUCUUCUGGAAGGACGGCUUCGGCCGCAUCCAUGAAAUCCAGCAAAAACACACUCAGGAGUAUGGAAAGAUCUUCAAGUCUCACUUUGGUCCCCAGUUUGUUGUAUCCAUUGCAGAUCGAGAUAUGGUUGCUCAAGUCCUCCGAGCAGAAGGUAGAGCACCACAAAGAGCUAACAUGGAAUCCUGGCAGGAGUACAGAGACUUGCGAGGGAGAGCCACUGGACUUAUUUCUGCGGAGGGGGAACAAUGGCUAAAAAUGAGAAGUGUACUGAGGCAGAAAAUUCUGAAACCCAAAGAUGUGGCUGUUUACUCUAAGGGAGUCAAUGAGGUAAUCACAGACUUAAUUAAGAGAAUCCACACCCUCAGAAGUCAGGAGGACGAUGGGCAAACAGUGACCGAUGUUAACAACCUUUUCUUCAAGUAUUCAAUGGAAGGUGUGGCAACUAUUCUGUAUGAAUGCCGGUUGGGCUGCCUGGAAAACCACGUCCCGCUGCAGACAGUUGAAUAUAUUGAGGCUCUGGAGUUGAUGUUUAGUAUGUUUAAGACCACUAUGUAUGCAGGUGCUAUUCCCAAAUGGCUUCGUCCACUUAUUCCAAAACCGUGGAGGGAGUUCUGCAGAUCCUGGGAUGGACUCUUCAAAUUUAGUCAGAUCCAUGUUGACAACAAAUUGAAGGCUAUUCAGUCUCAGCUGGAUCGAGGAGAAGAAGUGAAUGGUGGGCUACUUACAUACCUCCUAGUGAGUAAGGAACUUACUUUGGAAGAGAUCUAUGCCAAUAUGACUGAAAUGCUUCUGGCAGGAGUGGACACAACUUCUUUUACUUUGUCCUGGGCAACAUACAUGUUGGCGAAGCACCCCAAGGUUCAACAAUGUGUUUAUGAGGAAAUAGUCCAUAAAGUAGGGAAAGACCAAGUUCCUGUUGCUCAUGAUAUCCCAAAAUUGCCUUUGAUUAGAGCUGUGCUGAAAGAAACCUUGAGGUUAUAUCCAGUAUUGCCAGGAAAUGGAAGAGUGACCCAAAAAGACUUGAUAGUUGGAGGAUACUUGAUACCUAAAGGGACGCAGCUGGCACUCUGUCAUUAUGCUACUUCAUACAGUGAAGAAAAUUUCACAAUGGCAGAUGAGUUCCGACCUGAGCGCUGGCUGAGGAAAGAUAACUUUGACAGAGUAGACAAUUUUGGUUCCAUCCCCUUUGGUUAUGGCAUUCGAAGUUGCAUAGGAAAAAGAAUUGCAGAGUUGGAAAUUCAUCUUGCAUUGAUUCAGUUGCUUCAGAAUUUUGAGAUCAAAAUUUCUCCCAAAACUGAACCAGUUCAUGCCAAAACUCAUGGACUUUUGACUCCUGGAAACUCCAUCAAUGUGAGAUUUUCUGACAGAAAGUCUUCACUUUAUUCCUUUUGUUUUUCUCUCCUGCUGUUAUUUCCAAUUGUCUCCAUCUUAAACAGAAUGGAGUUGUAUUUGCCAGAGCCAGCUGACAUCCCAAAGGAGACAUGUUGCAAAGUUCUGUUUAAAAGUCCGCAAAUUGACUAUUUGACUCCAUAACUCCGCCUGGUUUUGUUGACUGGGGGACCAAGGAGCCCAGGCCUUGAAUCCAAAUUUGGAUUCUGUAUGGUGACCUCCUCUGCAUUGUCAGCAUCGUUAGAAACACCACCCACUGCUAUGUUGUGGUACAUUUGCUACUUGGUAUCAGUCCCUAAUUAAUGACUGUAGGAGAGGGAAGAGGUAUUCUAAAAUGCUCUUUAAAGCAUUUGAGUCUUUUAAUGAAAACAGAAAGCUUGUGAUUUUUUUUAAUAGAGUAUCUACCCAUGUAAGUUGUCUUUUAUACAUAAUAAAAUAUUUAUAUGGAA